AUGGCCCCUUCGUCGGAUCGUCGUGCACAGAGAAACAGAACUCGCGAUCCCGCCUGGGUUCCACGUCCCCGAAACGCCUUCAUCAUCUUUCGUUGCGAGUAUUCGCGCGACCAUCAGCAAUCGAACCAGGAUGUGAAACAGGAUGAGGACUCUGAAUCCAGAUCCCCAACCGCCAAAACGCUUUCUAAACGUGCGGCUGAGGCAUGGAAGCUUCUGACCGCGAGCCAGAAGACUCGGUACAAGGAGCUAGCGGAUCAGGAGAGGGAGGAGCACGCACGACGGCACCCCAAUUAUCGCUUUCGGCCGAUGAGACGCCAGAAUCUCUCCAAGUCUAGGCAGAGGUGCUACGGACCCCAAAGUAAUGAAAGCUCCGUCGAACGCACUGAGGAUCGUUGUUCGCAAGUGGCUACGCUAGUCAUGCAGGGUCAGACUGGGCCACAGCUUGAAGAAAGUAUGCGCCAAUGGGGAUGCAGCGAGAGCGAAUCUUCGGAGUGUCCACAGACUCGUUCAUCUUCACAGCAGGCGAACGAGCCGGCUACGGAAUCGGAAGUGGUUCAGCGUCGUCCAUCUUCAGUUCCCAUACGUGACAGCUUCCCAAACCAAUACAUAACACCAACGUUCUCGCGGGACGCUUUCCGCAGAGCAAAGUCAGCAGAAGGCAGGGUCGUCGACUCAUCCUUUCAGGAUUCAUUGGAUCACUUGUCGCAGGCGGCAUACGACCAAUCCAUCUCAGAUGCCUCUUUGACCUAUCCAUAUCCAGCCACGACCCCCGCGGACCUGGAAGAUACACCGUGUGUGUACGAUGUAUUUCCCUUUGUAAAUUAUAACACGGAUAUUGGUGUCCCACAUUAUCCCAACAGCACCUACCUCUCUCCAUUAGAGGCGGUUAACUAUGCGGCUACUCCAGCUCUGAGCCAUAGUUCAUCACAGUGUUCCACCAUAUCCUCAUCCGCAGGUUUAAGCCCUGCGAAGCAAGAGGUGGAUGAAGCAGGAAAUUCUUCCAGUGCGUUACUGGCAGCGUUGGGCGAUGAGACGCAGCCCGCCGUCACGACUUCCCCACACGACCUGUCUAUAUCUCACCUAGGGGGGCUAGCUCUCGACCUUGCUGGCUGUUACUACGACACUGAACAAGCGCAAGCUCUCCAGUCUUAUUCGACGGGACUUCAUGACUUUAUGAUACCCACAUUCCCUCACUAUCAGGAUAGCUUGGUCGGAGAUAAUCCCUUCCAGAUAGAUUUCAACCAAAUACUGUAA